CGUGACUAAACGACGUCCAAACGAAAUGCGAAAUAUCAACAACAAACGGCACGAGGUAAAGCUGCGAUAAACACAAAAUGUCGUUAACACCUUUAUACAAGUGUACGUUUUAAAACCGGCUUAUUUAAUUAUUAUAUUACGAUAAACUGCCUUCAAACAAAACGUUAGCAUAAAAAGCGGCUGUGUUUCUUACGACCACAAUUUGGGGGAAAUUCUGUUGAAUAUAAAAGAAAAACUAUCCUAACCGUGAAAAGUGGAGCUUAUUUUCUGCGCUGUCUGGUUUCUUUCAGUAGGUGAGCUUAAGUAGUAACUGCGCUCCCGGGUAGAGGAGAAAUGGCCAGCAGCAGCUCUGUGGAUAUGGAUCCAGAUGUUGCUCUUAGGCUGUUUGAGGAGGGAGCUACCCUGGUGCUGCUGGGGGUCCCUCAGGGUACAGAGCUGGGGAUUGAUUGCAAGACUUGGCAGGUUGGUCCCCGCUUCAGAGGUGUGAAGAUGAUCCCCCCAGGCCUGCACUUCCUCAACUACUGCUCUGUUAACUCACCGAGUUGUGGAGGAGAGAUCGGCCCAAAGACAGGCCUCUUCCUCACUCUUAAACCUAGAGAGAUCCUGUUGGCUAACUGGGAUCCUAAAGAGGAAGAUCUGGACUUCUCAGCCUCCCAGAAGGAAGAGGAGGUCAGCCGAAUCAGGGAGAAUCUGAAAGAUCUGGACCCUUACCUUGGGCCCUAUCCCUAUGAGGUGAUAAGGAAGUGGGUGUCCCUCACUGACCGUCUGAACGAGGAGGUGGCAAAUAACUUGCAACCCCUCUCAGGACGAAUAUGUGCCUUCAGUGAUGUCAUUCCUGAGAUUCAGUUAAGACACACCAAGGACAGGGCAGAGCAGCCGAGGAAUGACACAGCCUGCCAGAGCAUGAGAGAGGGGCUUGACAGGCUCCCCAGGAUGAAGCAAAGGGAGGGGACGGAGUUGCGCUUCUCUUUUAUCCCAGAGAAGACUUAUCCUCCUGGGGCUACACCAGCUGAGAUAACCCAGUGCAGCCUGGACCUCAGCUACGCUCUGGAGACUGUGCUGGAGAAGAACCACAGGCUGCAGCCUCUCAACCUACUAGGUGAGCUGCAGUUUGCUUUUGUGUGUUUCCUGAUUGGAAACGUUUAUGAGGGCUUUGAACACUGGAAGAGACUUCUGGCUCUGCUGUGUCGAUCUGAGGAGGCCAUCAGAAAGCGCAAGGAACUCUACCUGGGGCUCAUUGCUGUGCUCUACCACCAGCUCGGAGAAAUCCCUCCUGACUUCUUUGUGGACAUUGUGUCUCAGGACAACUUCCUCACGUCCACACUGCAGGACUUUUUCCAGUUUGCCAUGGGACCUGGAGUAGACAGCACACUCCGUAAGAGAGCAGAGAAGUUCAAAGCACACCUGACCAAGAAGUUUCGCUGGGAUUUUGAUGCAGACUUGGACGACUGUGCGCCUGUGGUGGUGGAAUUGCCUGAAGGUGCAACAGUGGACUGAAACUGCUCUACUAAGGACUUGCAUACAUGAACCAUAAGCAGGGAACAGGGCUAAAUGAGAUCAGCGAAGAACACCAGAUCCAAAUGUUCUCAGAAGGCUCAAGGAAACAAGAACAUCUGGCCAGACCAGUGCCACUCCAGUUCUCCACUCUUAGUUUCAGUACACUAACAGCUUAGUAUAGCAGCAUGUUUUGACAGUAUGUAUCCUCAACACAUACUGUGUGGGCUGUACAGUGUCUACAGUGUCUUCUUGUACAUUCAAACAAUUUGUGCACCGUUUAAAGAAAGCAACCAUUAGUGUUACAGUCAUGGCAGAGCUGCAGUAUACUAAAUGGCAGUGGCACCAUCUGCUGGCAGAUUUCUGUAAGCUCAGCAAACAGUUUGUCUUUGGUUCUUAUACAGUCACAUUGCAUCACAUUUAUUUCUUAAAAUCAGUCAUUCCCCUACAAUUUUUUUUACUUCAAUUUAGUCAGGCAUCAGUGAUGGAGAACUCGAUGGUUCACCAGAUCUGUCUCAUAAUAAUUUUAUUGAUGAAGGAACUCAUCAAUCAUAUUAUUACAUUAUAAACAUAUCACCUAACUUUAUGAGAAUUUUAGAUAUACUGGAUUUUGCUACAAGAGAGCAAACGUAUAGUAUUGUGUGACAACAGUCACUCUGCCUCAUAUAUUAAAAUGAGUAAUGCUUAAUGUUGAUAAAUCCUUUUUGUUUUCACACUGUAAAAUGUCAAAGUUUUGGUUUAAUGUUAAAUUGGUCAAACAUAAAGACCGC